CCAAUGGUAAUAUUGAAUCACCUCUCGCCACUUCAACUGCACGCAAAAGAAUGCUGAUGGUAGGUGCUUGUUUGUUGUUAUCGAGGAAAAGGUUGUGAAUACAAACACUUCAGCGUGAAUCAAUAUUACUGCGCGGGAAACUCGUUCUAAAUUUUCUAAUGUGAGUAUGUCGGAACUUUUGUUCCAAUCUGGAGACGAGGAAACUACCAAGAAGACUAAACUGUAUUUCGAUAUAGACGAGGAACAAUGGCCUAUUAUUUAUAGGCCUGAGUAUAAUGUUCAUUUUUGGGGAUUGGAAAAGUUGCAUCCAUUCGACGCUGGUAAAUGGGGACACGUUUAUGAGUUUCUGAAAGAGGCCGGCUUGUUUAAAACCUUUCCUGUAGUAAAACCAAAUGAAGCCAAAUAUAAAGAUUUACUUUUAGUUCAUUCCAAGGAAUAUUUAAAAAGUUUAAGGUGCAGCUUAACUGUAGCUUGUAUAGUAGAAGUUCCUCCACUAUGUCUUGUGCCAAACUAUUUCCUGCAGAAACGCUACUUAAAGAAGAUGAGGUAUCAAGUUGGUGGAUCUGUACUGGCUGGAAAAAUUGCACUGGAAAGAGGAUACGCUAUAAACAUAGGUGGCGGCUUCCAUCAUUGUAGCUCAAAGGAAGGAGGUGGAUUCUGUGCAUAUGCAGAUAUAACUUUAUUAAUCGAAUUUUUAUUUAACUGUUACCCAGAACAGGUGAAAGAUGUUAUGAUUAUUGAUUUAGAUGCCCAUCAGGGAAAUGGUUACGAGCGAGACUUUUUAACAAACACUCACGUCUAUAUUUUGGAUGCAUACAAUAGAAGCAUAUAUCCAAGAGAUGCAGUAGCCAAAGCUGCAAUAAACAGGAAAGUCGAAUUGAAAUUUAUGAUUGAUGAUAUAGAAUAUCUAACGAAGAUUGAAGCGAAUGUGGAUAGAGCGUUGACUGAUUUUAAACCCAAUUUGGUGGUUUACAACGCAGGGACUGAUAUAUUAAUUGGUGAUUCAUUGGGUGGUCUGGCUAUAUCUGCUGAAGGUAUAAUUAAGAGAGACGAGAUGGUUUUCAGAAAAGUUACUGCGAAGGAUAUUCCCAUCGUGAUGUUAACUAGUGGUGGAUAUUUGAAAAAGACUGCUAGGAUUAUUGCUGAUUCUAUUAUGAAUCUGAAUGAGAAAGGAUUGCUUCAGAAGCCCAAGCACAGAUAUUAGUUGUAUUAGAAAAUGUAAA